UCGACCCGUGUGUUGUGUGGAUUUUCAUCCUUGGAUUAUUGAAAAUUACGAAAAAAAGAUACCACCACCAACCAUUAUGUAGUAAGUUAUUAAUUCAUCUUCCAAUCAACAUUUCAAGAAAUUUCAUAUUUUUCACGUUAUUAAUUCGAAAAAAAGCGUUAAAAGGAAAAAAUUUUGUAAAAUGGCAAACACAGCACAUUUAGUCCGUAGACAAAGUUCACGUGAUAUGUGUCCUAGACAAGUUUCAAUAGAUCGACUCGAAAUGAAAGAACUACGUGGUCGAUUAGUAUUUGAAAAUAGCACUUCAUCAAACACAUCUUAUGGAGCAACAAAUCAGGCAUUCGAAGAUACAAGUCCACAAACCAAUAAACCUACAACCAACACCAAACCAAUAACUGGGAAUGUAAAUAAAUUACAAAACAUCGAAGAAAAAGGCGUAUUUAAGCCAGAAUGUGGUGAAGAUGAACGUGAAUCUUGGGACAGUAAAUUAACAUUUUUAUUAGCAACAAUUGGUUAUGCUGUUGGUUUAGGAAACGUUUGGCGCUUCCCAUAUUUAGCACAAAAAAAUGGUGGUGGUGCAUUUUUAAUACCGUAUUUUGUGAUGUUAGCUAUUGAAGGUAUACCGAUAUUUUAUUUAGAGUUAGCAAUUGGACAACGAUUACGUAAAGGUGCAAUUGGAGUAUGGAAUCAAGUAUCACCAUAUUUGGCUGGAAUUGGUAUCAGUAGUGCGGUGGUUUCAUUUAAUGUUGCCUUGUAUUACAAUACAAUUAUUGCCUGGUGUUUAUUUUAUUUUGUACAAAGUUUUCAAUCUGAGUUACCAUGGUCUGAAUGUCCCAAUAAAUAUUUUGAAAAUGGUUCAUACACUCCAGAACCAGAAUGUGUAAUCAGUGGCCCAACACAAUACUUUUGGUAUCGGACAACAUUACAAGUAUCGGAUGAUAUUAAUACACCAGAAUCCUUUAAUUGGAAAAUAGCCUUAGCCUUAAUAGUAGCAUGGAUUCUUGUUUAUAUGUGUAUGAUAAAAGGCAUCGCAUCAUCUGGCAAAGUUGUUUACGUAACCGCUACAUUUCCAUACAUUGUGUUAAUUAUAUUUUUCUUUCGUGGUAUAACAUUAAAAGGGAUGUCAGAUGGUUUACGACAUUUAUUCACACCAAAAUGGCACACGAUAUUAGAUCCUGUUGUAUGGUUAGAAGCCGGUACACAAAUUUUCUUCUCACUGGGUCUUGCAUUUGGUGGUUUGAUUGCAUUUUCAUCGUAUAAUCCUGUGAAUAACAAUUGUUAUCGAGAUGCGAUCAUGGUGUCAUUGACGAAUUGUUUAACGUCAAUGUUUGCUGGUAUUGUGGUAUUCUCAAUAAUUGGUUUUAAGGCGACCAUGAUUUAUGAUAAAUGCUUAGAACAGCGUAAUUAUACGUUAAGAAAUUUAUUUGGUGAUGACAGUUAUACAAAAUUAGAGGAACUUCCGUUAGAAGGGACACUGUUUAAUAUUACAGCAAAAGGUGGUGGAUUUACAACAUUAAUUAUGCCAGCAUUGCCAGUGUGUGAUCUAGAAAAAGAAUUGGAUAACACAGCAUCUGGAACCGGUUUAGCCUUUAUAAUAUUCACUGAAGCAAUCAAUCAAUUUCCUGGUGCUCAAUUUUGGUCAGUUUUAUUCUUUUUGAUGUUAUUUACUUUGGGUAUUGAUUCACAAUUUGGAACAUUGGAAGGUGUUGUGACAUCUAUUGUUGAUAUGAAGUUGUUUCCGAAUUUAAGAAAAGAGUAUUUAACUGGUGGUAUUUGUUUAGCAUGCUGCCUUUUAUCAAUGUCAUUUGCGCAUGGGGCUGGAAGCUACGUUUUUGUGUUGUUCGAUAUGUUUAGUGGAAAUUUUCCGUUAUUAAUAAUUGCAUUUUUCGAAUGCAUUAGCGUAUCAUACGUAUACGGAUUGAAAAGAUUUGCUGAUGAUAUUGAAUUAAUGACAGGAAAUCGUCCUGGUUUAUAUUGGCUUAUAUGUUGGAAAUAUUUAUCACCAUUAGCAAUGUUAUCAAUUUUAGUUGCUAGUUUUAUUGAUAUUGCGGUAGAGGGUUCAGGUUAUCCAGCUUGGGUGAAACGAGAUGGUGUUACAGAAUUUCAUGAAUGGCCAGUGUGGGCUAUUGUAUUGGUGCUAGUAUUAAUUCUAGCAUCUGUUUUGUGGAUUCCAGUAGUUGCAAUUUGCAGGGCCUAUGGAAUUGUAAUAAUUGAUGAUAAUGAAAAAGCCUGGUUCCCAGCAGCUGAUCUCAAAGAAUUUCAUGGUAUUGUUCCGCAUGAAGUUAGUACCGCAGAGACGUUACUCUUCUGUAUUCAUGCCGAUGGAUCCGAAGGCUUAUGUUGUCCAACAGGUGGGCCUCGGGAAGAUGAUGAUGAAGAUGACACUUAAAAUAUAUGCUGCAAAUUGAAUAAAGAAUGAUAGGGCCUAUGUUUUAAUAAAAAUUUUAUUCGUGGUCACGUAGAUUUAAAAUAAAGGCCUAAAGUCACUUGUUAUGUAA